AUGCCAUCUCAAACAGAAGUCGAUACAGCUCUUGAUGCAGCUAAGUCUAAAUGGUCUAGCGGUAACGGAGCAGAGCACGUCCAAGCUCAUGCAUCAGAUCAAUUGGCGUCGGAAGCUGACAGAGUAAUAUGUUCCCUUGACGCGGUUGAAUCUGGGUUGUUUGGCGGCAACGAAGUCGAACGUCAAAAGGUACGCGCUGCAGCACGUCGUCUACUUGCCAGAGUGGAAACACCACUUGAGCGUGCCUUGGGCCUCUGCUUCGAGCAGCCUGUCGUCUUUGCCGCUCUACAGACAUGCAUCGAUUUGGGCCUUUGGAGAUCCUGGACAGCUAUUGGGGGUGAGAAGUCUAUCGACGAACUCGUCGCAUUUACCACUCCCACUGUGGAUUCAAACUUGCUACGCCGACUGUUCCGCUUACUCGCUGCUUUCAAUGUGGUUGAGGAGACAGCGGAAGACAGAUUCAAACCCACUCCGUUCUCGAAUGCUAUCGGCGACGAGAGCACCAAUGUCCGCGCCUCGCUUCAAACGGGGACGUAUCAAUACCUUCCCGCGGGCCACAACUUGCCAUCUUAUCUAGCAAGGAUAUCUUAUAAAGAACCCACGGAUAUCAAUACGAAUAACCACUCCGAGAGUGACCCCGACGGCCUUAACUUCUUUGGACGAUUGCAGAAAAGCCCCGCUUACUUUGAAGCUUUCUAUGGCCACAUGGAGGCAUUAACAGCACGGAAGACACCGUGGACUCAGGUUUACGAUACAACAAAGCUGCUCGAAGGUGCCAAGCUGGAGAGUGGCUCUCCAUUCGUGGUGGAUAUCGGUGGAAAUACUGGAAUUGAUAUUAAAUACGUCCUUAAAAAACACCCAGAUCUUCCUGCUGGAUCACUGGUUCUGCAAGAUCUCCCAAAGGUGAUUGCCAAAUUGCACGUUGAUGACAAGAUCUCAACCAUGGUUCAUGAUUUCUUCUUACCUCAGCCAGUGAAAGGUAGUCGCGCAUACUUUAUACAUGCAGUUCUUCACGAUUGGCCAGAUGAUAAAGCUAAGAAAUUGCUUGUGAACACCAAAGAUGCAAUGGUCAAGGGCUACUCCAAGCUUUUAAUCUAUGAUGUUGUUCUCCCACCCACAGGAGCGAGCAGUAAUCAGGCUACAAUGGACGUGGAGAUGAUGUCCAUCCUGUCCGCUUCCGAACGAACUCAAGGCACUUGGAUAAAACUGUUGACCGAUGCUGGUCUUAAAAUUGUCAACUUUUGGCCUGACCCUCAACAGUAUGAGAUGGUCAUUGAGGCUGAGAUAGCCUAA